AUGCCAAAACACUUUCGUGCAAAAGUUUCGGAGCGUAGAAGGGCGGCAUUCACUUCCCCUGCUGAUGAACUGGCCGAAUUACAGUUUGGAUUUUCUUGUACAUCCCCAGAAGGGUCACCUGAAGGAUUUAGCGCGUCAUUUCAAAAGGCAAUCGAUGAUGAAAUAUUAUUUUGGACAAUGUCAACUGCAAAAGCUUCCGACUUUACUGAUUAUUCAUAUAAAUCGAAGCCUACAACAUUUUUAAGGACAAAUUUUCCUGGCGAUACAUCAUAUGAUCAUAUUUAUAACACACCAGUACGAAAUAGGUCAAUCUAUACAUCUUCACUUGGAAGCACUCCACUUGGAAGCACUCCACUUGGAAGCGCUCCCCUUGGAAGCACUCCCCUGAACACUUUUUCAACCGAUAGGGCCAGUUUACAUAGAGAUCGAUCUAAAUAUUUGAGAUCACCAUCGAUUAGAAAAUUUAAUAGAUUUAAUGCAACACUCAAUGAUUGUAAACAGCAAAAAAGCAAUAAAGACGUGAUACUUAUUCAUACUUCUAUGACAACUCCAGAAAGAAAAGUUCCAUUCAUUUCUCAGAUUAAAGAUGAUGUAUUACAAUCUAAUUUAGAUUCACCACUUUACGAUGAAUUAAAUGAUGAAGGAUAUUCACCAUUAUUCAGUUCACCCAUAACAAAACAUUCAAUUCUCGAUAAUGAUGUGUCGUUUUGGGCACCUACUGAGUCAAUCAAUGAAGAUUCUCAUUCUAAUAUUGAUAUUGAGUCUCCAGUCUUAAUACUAAAAAGACCAAAUGUCUCCACACCAGUUUUAAUGAAAAAAAUGGAUAAGGAUUUAAAACCUUUACCAUCGAUGAUCAACGAGUAUGCAACUAAAUAUGCACAUAUGCUCGAUAAAGCUUAUUUCCAGAAGUGCGGACAUGAAAAUAGAGAGUUUAACCACCCAAAAUCUUCCGAACUAAAUGAAAUGGAUUAUUUUAGUUCAAAUUUCUAUACGAUUGCUGUUAUCGGAUCCGGAGAAUUCUCUGUUGCAUAUAAGGUGGAAGAUAGGAAAUCUGGAGUUUAUUAUGCCAUUAAAAAGUCGAAAAAUCCAUUCGUUUCUCUAAACUCUAGAUUUCGCUCUUUGAAUGAAGUUGAAAUCAUGUGGCAGCUUGGAUCACAUCCAAACUGUGUCAAAUUAGUUGCCGCUUGGGAACAACAUGGUCACCUUUAUCUCCAAACAGAAUUAUGUGAUAACGGUACACUUUUGGACUUCAUUAAUAACAAUAUUCUCAGUGAAUCUCAAAUUUGGAAGAUAUUUAUGGAUAUUGCUCUUGGUCUUAAACACAUUCAUGGGCACGACAUUAUGCAUUUGGAUUUAAAACCAGAUAAUAUUUUUAUGGCGUCAGACGGAACUUUCAAAAUUGGAGACUUUGGCCUUGCGUCAACCUGGCCAGCAAGUCCUAAUUUGGAGAGUGAAGGAGAUCGGAGAUAUCUUGCUGCUGAGGUUUUGAAUGGACGUUAUGAUAAACCUGCAGACAUUUUUAGUCUUGGAAUGGUCCUUUUGGAAAUGGUUAGUAAAACGCCACUUCCACAUUUUGGUAGAGAUUGGAGGAGGUUGCGUCAAGGGGAUUUGAGUGGGGUCGUGUUUGGUGAUAUUUCAGAUUCUAUGAUCUCUUUGAUAAAGUCUAUGCUCCAACGAGAUCCAAACAUGCGUCCCACAAUUGAAGAAAUUAUUGUCUAUAAUAAUGAUAAUUCAAAAUUUCGGAUGUCAACUCAUUCAUGUGUAUAA